ACCAUAAAAUUAAUAAAGAAUUAAUAAAUUUGUCAGGUUGCUGAACGAUCCAUAAGGAUAGAGUUUCGUUACAGUUUUCUAAAGUUUGUGUUUGGGAAAAUCUUUUAAUGGGAUACAAUGAUGAGAGAAACAGGCCGCUGGGAGCAGUGAGUAGCAAUUCUUACCUUUGAGUUUUUCAUAGUGCCCUGUGCAACUUCCAGUACUCGGUGAUCGUCUUGAAGUCUUCCUUAAUUAUUACCUGAAACUCCAAUAUGGACUGGCAAACGUGUCCGCGCUGUAAGUCAAGCAAAUACCGGAAUCCGAGCCUUGUCUUGAUGGUCAAUGUUUGUGGCCAUCAACUGUGCGAAUCAUGCGUCGAACAACUCUUCGUGCGAGGCAGUGGAGCCUGUCCGCAGUGCCAGAAGCCAUUAAAGCGCAGCGGAUUUCGCGCACAAUUCUUCGAGGAUGCGGAGAUGGACAAAGAAGUCGAUGUGCGGCGUAAGGUGGCCAAAGAAUUAACCCUGCGUCAAGAAGACUUUCCGAGCUUGAGAGACUUCAACGACUAUCUGGAAGAAAUUGAGAGUGUAGUAUUCAAUCUCAUCAACGGAGUUGACGUGGAUGGAACCCGCAAGAAGAUGGAUGGAAUAAAAGAUAGAUUCAAGAAAGAAUUGGGUAAAAGUAAGAAUCGAAAAAGCAAAGAUCAGGAAUUAUUGGAUAAAGUCGUUGCGGAAGAAAAAUCUUUGGGCGAUGAUGUGAACAAACGCUACAUGCAGGAGCAGGUGAUGGCAGAAAGAGAGCGUGCAAAAAUUAAAGACCGUUUACUGGAUGAGCUGCAGGAUUCGGAGAUGUCGGCUGCCGCUGUAGUGGCCAUUCACAAACGCAAGCAAGGCAUACCAGACACCACCGGACAGGAAGUCACUCCCUUACGGUCAAUAUCUGCAGUGCGACCAGUAAUUCAAGAACCGCCGCCGCUGUUAUCCGCUUCAGAAGUGGAAUGGUUCCGGGCGCGCGAUGUGGAUCUGCUGAACGUGGAGGAUAAACUGUCCGGACCAAGAGUGCCGCCGGCCAAUGCGCUGGAAAAGGCUGGUUAUCUCAACGCCGUUCGUGCUGCUCCGCCGGCCGAGGUAGCCAUGGGAUUUAUCAGUGUCUUUCCCGCGAGGCGAGCACUCUUGUCGGCGUAUGAUGGAUUAUUUAUUUUUCCUGAUACGUCGCCCGUGUAAAUUUUGCUUGGAAUAAAAUUUUUUGUUUAUAGACGACCUUUCUCAGUGGUGCGCUUUCUACGUGUAAUUACGCUGUCAUGAUAAUUUAUAGGGUACGAUGCGAGAUGAAGAUUUCAUUCGAACCUUUGUAUCUGGAUCCAAAUUUGCCAGAAAGAACGACAAGUCUUUUA